CGUGGGAAACAAGGCCUUCUCGGUGUUAGAUAAAGCCGUCCCAGUCCCGCCUUGUUGCAGCUUAUCAUACAUACACUCAUACAGUAGAGACAGAUCCUUUUCUUCAGCCUCAGCUCGUACUGUCAGCCUGCAGAGCUUUAUCAUCAUUUGUGUUCAUCUCCCUCAGAUAUUGCGGAAACACUGAGGUAGAGCUCUGAAAGUAACCAGAGUAGUUGAGGACAAAACUUGUGCCAUUUCUAAGAGAAGAAAGGAUGGAAAAAGAAGAUAUUCAUAUGAAAGUUGAGAGCAAGAUCAAAUCGGAUGAGAAGAUAGAAAAGACUGAGGUGGAAAUUGAGGUGAAGAGCAAAUUAGUGGAGAAAGAAGAUCUUAAGCAUAAAGAUGACAAGAAAGAAAAAGAUGUGCAUAAGGAGUCUAACAAGAAGGAAAAGCAGAAAGAGAAGAAAAGUGUUGAGGACGUAGAUGAAGAAGACAAGAAAAAGAAGAAAAAGGAGAAGGAUAAGAAAGAUGCAGAGGAUGAAGAACUGGAACAGGAUGAAGACAAACCAAGAAAAGAUAAGAAGGAUAAGGAGAAGAAACACAAAGAUAAGAAGGAAAAGAAGAAAGAUGAGGAAGCAGAUGAUGGAAAAGUUAAGAAGAAAGAUGAAGAGAAGAAACACAAGAAAGAGAAGGAUACAGAAAAGAGAACAAAAAAGAAAGAGGAGACGGAGGGUGAAGCUGUUGAGCCAGUAACUGAAGAGAAGGAUGAGGAAGUGCAUGAUAAAGAAAAAAAGGACAAAGCAAAGAAAGACAAAAAAGAGAAGGAUAAGGAAAAGAAAACUAAGAGCAAAGACACAUCUGAGGGAGAAUUGAAAGAAGAGGAGAAGAAAGACAAGAAAGAGAAGAAAGACAAGAAGGAUAAGGAAAAGAAAACUAAGAGCAAAGACACAUCAGAGGGAGAAUUGAAAGAAGAGAAGGAUGAUGAAAGAGAGGAGGAGAAGAAAGAGAAGAAAGACAAGAAGGACAAAGAAAAGAAAAUGAAGAGCAAAGAUGAGGUGUCAGGGGGAGAAUCCAAGGAGGAGAAGGAUGAAGAAACACAUAAUAAAGAAGAGAAGAAGAAGAAAGAGAAGAAGGAUAAAGAAAAGAAAGCUAAAAACAAAGAUGUAUCUGACGGAGAAUCCAAGGAAAAAUCAAAAGAAGAGAAGGAUGAGAAAAGAGAAAAUAAAGAAGAGAACAAGGACAAUGUAGACAAUGGAGUGCAUGGGGCUGAAGUCUCCACAAGAGAGAUUCAUGUAGAUGGAACUGAAGCAGAGGGGAUAUGUAAGGUCGAAAAGAAGGAAAAGGAAUGCAAGGAUGAGAAAAAAGAUAAGACUGAGAAGAAGAGAAAACUUGAAGACAAGAACAAAUGCAAAGGUCUCGACAAACUGAAAAGCAAGCUGGAGAAAAUUAAUGCCAAAAUGGAAAGUCUAGAGCAAAAAAGAGCAGACAUCCUGAGACAGAUAAAAGAAGCUGAAGAUCAGAACACAGCCCUCGCCGAGAUAAAAGAAGCUGAAGGGAAGGCUUCUGUUGGGACUGAGGAUAAGCAUUAGGUUGCAUAUUGUAUUACUACUGUUUAUAUUUGAAUAUGGUUUUUAUGGAUGUUAUAUACACUGGAUUUUCAUGCCAUGUAUGUAUAUCUAAAUAAAUUUCAAUGUUUUGAUGUCUGACAUUAUAGACUUGUAAUUGUUUCCUGCCCUAUGUUGUAUGGGGACUGUUUUAUUAAUAAAGACAUCGAUUGUGUGUGUUUUGCUAAA